GGGCCCGUUCUUGUGGGAGUUGAUGUAGAGAGAAAACUAGGACCUGUGGAGGCUAGGGGCAGCCAACGCAUCACACAGAGACUCCGGUGAGGGGUGCGAGGUAUUUCCCUCACUGUGGGAAGUGCUAGCUGCUUCACCUCUGCCUCAAGAUCCACUAUUGGAGCUUUUUCAUAGAAAUCAUGGCUUCACCCAUUCCUACCAAAAAGCUCAAGGAUGAAGCCACCUGUGCCAUCUGCCUCAGCUUGAUGACUACCCCAAUGAGCAUCAGCUGUGGACACAGUUAUUGCCAAAAAUGCAUAAUGGAUUUCCUUCAGAACCCAAGCUUUCUAACAGCAGGGGAAGAGAAGUUCUGUCCCCAGUGUCGGGCCCCCUUUGGAGAGCAGAGCCUUCGGCCCAACAAGCAGCUGGGAAAUCUCAUUCAGGCCAUCAAGGAGAUGAGCCAGGAAGUAGUCUGUGAGGAACACGGAGAACAACUCCAGCUGUUCUGUGAGGAUGAGGGCCAACUCAUCUGCUGGCGCUGUGAGCGGGCACCACAGCACAAAGGGCACACCACAUCCCUUGUUGAAGAUGUGUGCCAGGGGUAUAAGAAAAAGCUCCUGGAAGCAGUGACAUACUUGAGCCAGCUCAACAAUGAAUGUAUGAAUCUAAAAGUUUUGACAACACGGCAAAUAACUGAAUGGAAGGGGAAGAUGGACGUUCAGAGAAAAAGAAUAAAAUCCGACUUUAAGAAUCUCCACAGUUUCUUGCAUGAGGAGGAGAAGUUUUAUCUGUGGAGGCUGAAAGGAGAAGAAGAGCAGACAAUAAGGAGACUGAAGUACAAUAAGGGAAUACUAGAGGAGAAGCACUGUGAACUGAAGUGCUCUAUCAUGGAGCUGGAGCUGAAAUGUCAGAGCUCACCCCAGAUAUUGCUACAGGAUGUGAAGAACACAUUGGACAGGAGUUGGGCUGUGAAACUAGAAAGGCCAGAAGCUGUCUCUCUGGAGCUUAGCACAACAUGCAACAUUCCGGAGCUCUACUUUGAUGUGAAGAGAAAGCUGAGAAGCUAUCAAGAUGGCUCGUCUUUGUAGAUAGGGGAGUUGCAACUAAAACUGACCAGUGCCUUCUCUGAGUGUUACACGCACUCAGUUUGCCCGGUGCCACCCAAUCAGAGAUAUGGAUAGAAGAACAUUAUUAAGAAAUGUCACUACACCACAAUACUUCAUUUGGGCUGUCGUGAAGAUUACGUGCAAGUCUAGUAUCCAUCAUUUUAUUUCAGACACCUCUCAGCAAUGCAAAGAGGUGAGUAUUAUGGGCUGUGGGCCACCAAGUUUUAAGGACUUGGUCCAGAUAACAGAUAAAACUAUAACUGAAACCGUACUUUACCAACCUUAAAAUCAG